CCUCAUUUGCCAACAUGGCAUCAAACGCCCCUGAUGCCAUUGCCAUUGCAGGGAAAUUCCAAUUCGCAACAUGGGCCGCCGGCGCUGUCCCGAUUGCUUUCGUUCUUCAUCUUCUUCUCGUUAGGAGCAGUGGAAGUGACUCUGGAGGAUUAGGCCUUUUGUUCACCGUUUUCCUUGCCGCAGCGGCGUUUCUUUGGCUGGGCGUGGUGUCUGAAAUCGUUCCCGAGCCGUAUCUGGAUGAAGUAUUUCAUAUUCCUCAAGCUCAGAAAUACUGUGAGGGGAAGUUCUUAGAAUGGGACGAUAAAAUCACGACUCCUCCAGGACUGUACUGGUUAUCCAUCUUGAUCCCACAAGCAGCAAAAAGCAGUGGUCUCAUCGCCUCUUACGCAUGUGAUCCCAAGACUCUGCGGGCUACCAAUGCAAUCGGCGUCAUUGUUCUGAGUUACAUAGCCUUGCUAUGUCGGAAAGAGAUCGAGGCACGUUUGCACCAAGCACAUUCAUCCGUCAGUAUCAAAGCUGUAUCCCAAUAUGCGAUGCACACAGCCUUUAACAUUGCUCUGUUCCCUUUGCUCUUCUUCUUUUCAGGGCUAUACUACACCGAUGUCGUUUCUACUGCUGUUGUUCUUACGGCGUUUCUGAACCAUUUGCAUCGUGUUGGACGAGCUCACAGCUCCUUUUUAAGCGACAUUGUUACUGUUGGUCUAGGGCUGUGGACUCUUACCAUGAGGCAGACCAACGUUUUCUGGGUUGUCGUUUUUAUGGGAGGGCUCGAGGCUGUUCAUUCUGUGAAGAGUUUGCGGCCACAGUCUGUUGCUCAGCCGUCCAUGACGACGUUAUCGGAGCAGUUGCUGUUCUUUAUCAAGAGAUGGUCGGUUGGACAUGUGCAUGACUUGCCAUUGCAUAUGGCAUAUCCCGAAGAUAUGUUAUUCACCGCCGUGAGUCUAAUCGUAGCAGCCCUCUGCAACCCCAUCCGAGUUGUCAGACAAAUAUGGCCCUAUGUCACCAUCCUGGGUGCGUUUGCAGGAUUCGUAGCAUGGAACGGCGGCGUUGUCCUUGGCGACAAGUCCAACCAUGUUGCCACCAUCCAUCUCCCACAGAUGCUCUACAUCUGGGCGUUUUUCGGCUUCUUCUCCCUGCCGCUCUUUGUCCCAUAUGUGGUGUUCGCGAUGGAUGCUUUGCGAAGCGUCUUCAUCUCACAAAAGAACGGAGCAGGAAAGGAAUCCGGGUCUGCAUCUACGAAGGCGAAGUCCGAAACACCAAACGCUUCUUCAAACUCGGCCACUCAGCCCGUGCUCUCACUCCCGCUGAAAUUCUUCAGCGCUAUUUUCAACAAUCGCCUGCUUUGGCCGCUAUACUUAGUCGCGACUUUUGUCCUAUCCACCCUCAUCGUCCGCUUCAACACCAUCAUCCACCCCUUUACUCUGGCCGACAACCGCCACUACAUGUUUUACGUCUUUAGAUACACCAUCCGCCGCGCCCCUUGGAUCCGUUACUUCCUCAUUCUGCCUUAUACCGUCAGUCGCUGGUUUGUCUGGGGCACUCUAUCCGGCUGCACGAAUUGGACCCCGACACCUUAUAAAGAUGAUUGUUCAGCGUACUAUCACUCAUCCAGCCCAUCGCCAUUUACCUGCGAUCCAUUUGUAGUAGCAGAUGCCACCCACAAAACCACCACCGGUGAAUCUCAAGGCGCGCAAGCACAGACACAGAAAGAAUUGCAGCAGAGAUAUAUUCAAGACCCCCUCUUAUUCUCAACAGAGCCUGUAUCGACGUCCACAGGACUCAUCUUCCUCCUAGCCACCACCCUCUCGCUAAUCACCGCACCGCUCGUCGAGCCUCGCUACUUCAUCAUCCCCUGGGUCGUCUGGAGACUCCUGGUCCCCGCUUGGAGAUUGCACGAUCACCAGACAGCAGCGAAUAGUUUGUUCGAUGGCGCUACCCCAACAUCCGCCUGGGGUAGAUUUGUGAAUUUUUGCCGCUCUUACGACGUGAGGCUUAUCCUCGAGACAGUCUGGUUCAUCGCAAUCAACUUCAUCACCGGAUAUAUAUUCCUCACCAAGCCUUAUGUUUGGAAGGCUGAAGAUGGAAGCAUCCUUGACGAAGGAAGACUACAGCGGUUCAUGUGGUAAAAGAAAAAAAAAUUACGUCUUUCAAGUGAAACACCGUCGUUAAGAUAGAUGUUGUAUUUGUCAAGAGGUCCUUGAGCAGCCUCAUUCUUCUUAUGCUAGAUCAAAUAGAAUACGAAUGCCAAAAUUCAUUCGUCAAAAGACUCCCAACUCAAUAGCCAAACGCCGCGCCCAUGUCUCGAAUCCCAAACCAUAAGUCCCAAAUGAAUGCCUUCCCGUUGGCGUUGUUUUGAUGUUUUGCAGCCUUGUUGCCCAAAUUCCAAAAGUCGCUCUAAUCAUGUAUAUAUACGUUUUUUCUCAUUGCUGAUGGCCAAGCAGGAAGAAGUGAGAAGGAGAGGAUGAUAAAAUAAAUCCCAGAACCAGUCAUUCUUGUGGGAAUCUCGAAUCAUUAGUUGAUGUGAUAUCAACUAUAAACUUAGACGAUCGAGACUCAGGCCAUCGUUACUCCUUACUCGUCGAAUCACGCCCAGCUUGAAGAACUUUUCCUCUCCAGCUGCUGUCCUGCCGCCGAUAUACCACUUGUCGGCGCCGAGGGCAUCGCGAAAGCCUUCACUACUGCUAUCG